AUGGACAACGAAAGAGUAGAACAAAUUGCUGAAGAGAAUUUUGAGAAUUCGGAUUAUUUUAACUCUUUCUUCGAUACUUUAAGUAAAUUACGUCAGAAUAAGGAGUACUGCGAUUUCUCGUUGGAAGUAGGAGACGAAAUUAUCUAUGUCCAUAGGGUGGCCCUUGCGAUUGCUUCUCCAUUUUUCGCAACAAUGUUCAAUUGCGAUAUGAAGGAGAAAGCAGAGGCCCGACUUAAAUUGGAUAAGAAGGAAGCCACUGCUGUGAAAAUUAUUGUUGAUUAUAUAUACGGCGGAAAACUUGUUCUAACGGAAAAUAAUAUUCUGUCGGUGGCUUCAAUGUCCGACUUUUUUCAGAUAGAAUGGGCAAAGAAACAGUGCAUGGAAUUUCUUAAAAGCAAUUUGAAGCCAAAUAAUUGUUUGCAGAUACGUAAAUUUGCUGAUAAGUCAUCUUUUAAGGAACUGUAUGAUUAUAGCCACAAAUAUGUUUUAAACCAAUUUGAUAAACUAAUUAAUCAGGAGGGAUUAUUGCAGCUGUCAUUUGAAGAGAUUCGUGAGUUAUUAAUGGAUGAACAACUGUCCGUAAAAUUCGAAGAUAAUUCAUAUAAAGCCGCAGCUAACUGGAUAACAUAUAAUAUAGAGGAACGAAAAGUUCAUCUCACCGACUUAAUGGAACUCAUUCCAUUUGCUUUUGUUAGAACUGAAUUUUUAAGAGACCGUAUUGCUAAUGAAACUCUACUUAAGGAUGAUCUACAAUGUAAUCAAUUUUUAAUUCAAGCUUUCGCUUAUCAAACAACUCCAGUAAUCAGGCGAUCAUUAUUUUGGAAUGAGACCAAAAAGUCGCCAAAAAAUCGGAAUGAAAAGUUUAAAAUAAUGCUCGCUGGCGGUGUAGAUUUAAAGACUAAGUCAGCGCGUUUUGCCUGUAAUGUUUACGAUAUAAUUAACAGCAAAAUAUUUCCUAUGGGCAACAUGAAUAGUUAUAGAUGGGCACAUUCUUUAAUAUCAUUAGAAGGUGUGUUAUAUUCAGUAGGUGGAUAUGCCAAUGGCCCUUUAACAAGCGCAGAAAUCUAUUCUUCGUCGAGCAAGAAGUGGAGCAGCAUUGCAUCUAUGAACAAUGCUCGCUACAACUUUGGCAUGUGUGCUUACAAGGAUGUUAUUUACGUUGUCGGUGGUUAUCAAAAUUCAAGUGUCGAAAAUUACACGCCUGCAACCGGCAAGUGGUGCACUUGUGCAAACACCCCUGAAAAUUACAUUUUUUGCAAUCGCGCAGCUUCGAUGGAGAAUAGCAUAUACAGUUUGGGUCGUGGAAGCGAUGGGAUCACUGCUUGUAUUCGUUUUGACCCGAGGGAAGGUGAAUGGUACAAAUUCAAUGAAAUGCCGCGAGGCCUGCACCCAGAGGAACGGUUUGAAUUAGUCUCUUAUGGCCGCUCAUUGUUUUGUGUUACGGAAGACGGCACAAGCCUUGACGUACGCAAUAAAGAAUGGCAAUCGAUACCAUCUAUGCUUACCAAAAGAGCAAAUUUUUCAGCUGCUAUCCUAGCGGAUGAUAUUUAUGUAUUUGGUGGGGAAUUAAAAAAAACGUCCCAAAUUUCGGAAUACGUUAAAGCUGUAGAACGUUAUAAUAUUCAUGACAAUGAAUGGACGGUCGUCGAUUCAAUGGAAAUUGAAUUUUCGGACGGAGCAGCUGCGCUGCUCAGCAGUGAUUUUAAUUUUGAAUAGUACAAGAAUCAAAAAUUAUAACACAUUUGAGAAAUACAUUUAUUUUCAUCACUUAAAUGUCAUGUCCUUUGAAGAAGGUUUAAUUUCUAAUCAAUUACAAUUAAUCCCGUAAGAAAGCAAGUAAGUA